AUGGUUGUUGCAUUUUGUAUUGGGUUGAAGGUUUUUGUGCUGUGGGUCGUGCGUGCACGGUCGGAUUCGCAGCAAGGGUGUGUUAUGGACGUGUCCCCCGAUGGGACUAAGUUUUGGACGCCUUCGUGUGAUGCGGCGGUUAGGCCUUUUCAGGGGCAGACUUUUCCUUCUCUCGCUCACGGUAUUGAUUUUUAUCGUCAGUAUGCGUCGCUCGUUGGUUUUGAUGUACGUUGUAGUUCGUUGCGUAGGAAUAGGGAGGGUGUUGCUGUGAAAGACGUGUUGGUUUGUUCGCGUGAGGGGUUCAAGCAGGCGGUGCAGAGCUCUGUUGUUGUGGAUGCUGCAUUGGAUCAAGCACCUGUGGCUCCGAAGCGCCGGCGUGUUUCAAAUAGGGUGGGGUGCAGAGCGAGGUUGGUGUUGAAGAUGGGUGACGAUGGGGUUUUUGUCGUUCAUUUCAUUGAGCUACGGCAUAAUCAUUGUUUGUGCUCGGAUGUGGCUAAGCCUUUCUUGCGGGGUAAUCGUUCCAUGGAUGUGCAACAUCAGAUUUUUGUGCUUAAGUGUGCUAGGGCCAACGUUGGGCCCAAUAGGUCGUUUCGUUUGGCUAGGGAGUUUGCUGGGUCGUAUUCAAAUGUUGGUGCGACAUGUGUCAAUUUUAAAAAUUUGAAGCGUGAUUUAAUGGCAUUUAUUGGAACGUCAGAUGCUCAUAUUGUUGUGAAAAAAUAUGCUAAGAAGGUAGAUGAUUGCCCGGAUUAUGUCUUUAGAUAUGAUGUAGAUUCUCAGGAUCAGUUAUGUAGGGCUUUUUGGACUGACCCUAUUGCGAAGGAAAAUUUUUCAGCUUUUGGAGAGGUGGUGUCGUUUGAUGCAACUUAUGGGACUAAUAGGUAUGGUAUGGUAUUGGUCCCGUUUACUGGUGUUGAUAAUCACAAGAGAGGUGUCACAUUUGCAAUGGGGUUGAUUUCCCGUGAAGAUGUGGACUCUUACGUGUGGCUUCUCCAGCAAUUUAAAAGUGCAAUGGGUUGUGUGCCUAGUUGCACUAUCACUGAUCAAGAUCCUUCGAUGCGGGUUGCAGUCCCUCAGGUGUUUGAUACUACGCGGCACAGGUUUUGGGCUAUUGAUGCUCAACGUUUGGCGCAGGCCAAACUAAAUGCCGAGUGUGAGGGCCAUUUUCCUUUGUGCCAGACUCCGAUGUUGAUUGAGAAGCAUGCGGCUGCGGUGUACACUAUUAAUGUUUUUUAUGAUGUGCAAGCCGAGGUUAUCGCGGGAUCUUUUUCGUGUCGUGCUGUGCGUUCAAAUGUUGAAGGGCUGGUAACCCGGUAUGAGGUUGAAGAUGAUGAUGGCCCGGUGCGCACCGUGAGUUUUGACUCUGGUAAUGAUGGUGUUGAGUGCACGUGUAACAUGUUUUCACGGGUGUUGGGUGUUCAACGUGGGGGCGAUUCGGAGGUAGAUGUCGCAAUUGGUGAAGCUUGGGCAGAAUUUUUUUCGUGCGUGACCCUGGCUUCACGGAGUGUUGAUCAUGUUACCAAGUUGAAUGCAGCCCUAAAAGAUUUCAAUGCUUUUUUAUUGGCUGAGAAUGGUCCUACCGUUCGUGCUUCUUCUUCUAAGAAGCAACUUUUUGAGUCGUUUUGCGGUGCUUCGCCAGAUGGUCAAGUUAAUGUUCGUCCUCCUCCAAUCUCUAAUAACAAGGGUGGUGGCAAACGUUACAAAAGUUCAAGGGAAUUAGCUAUUGAAAAGUCGGGGCGUCGACAACGCCAAUGUCAAACUUGUGAAAAGUAUGGGCAUAAUAGUCGUACCUGCCCGAUGCGCAACGUUGACGUAUGA